GCGUGCUCACACUGCUGCAGUGAUGGAGCAUGCAGGGUCUGGGCAGGCUUUAAUGGUCCCAUUCCCCUGGCAGAGCCACCAUGACCUACCACAGCAGGAGCUCCUCUGGACUAUGGAAGGUAUGGGAGCAUCAGCAGGACACCUCCUGAGCCCCAGGAACCCCUGUGCACGGGGCUGCAGCGUCUGCCUAGGGCCUCUGCACCGCGGAGCCCCCUGACUGCCUCCGUCCUCCCCAGAUCGUGGUGUGGGAUGAGGAUUUCUUCCAGGGCAAGAAGCACGAGUUCACCACCGACUGCUACAGCACCGCGGAGCACGGCUUCAGCACCGUCCGCUCCUGCAAGAUCGAGAGCGGGGCGUGAGUGGGGACUGGGUGGGACGGACCCCGUGGUCUGGUGGAGAGGGCUUGCAGGAUGGAGGUCUCCAGGGUCUUUUGCCCCCCAAGCCAUGGGGCUGUCUCCUCCAGGCAAUGACCACAUCCCUGCGGGGUGUGAGCGGGGUGGUAGGUGCUGCGGGGAUCUCACCUCUCUCCUGCCCCACAGAUGGGCUGGCUUCGAGCACUGUGGCUUCCAGGGGCAGCAGUUCGUGCUGGAGCGCGGCGAGUACCCGUGCUGGGAGGCGUGGAGCGGCAGCAAUGCCUACCACGUGGAGAGGAUGUGCUCCUUCCGCCCCAUCGCCUGCGCCGACCGCGGGCGCAGCAGGCUCAUGCUCUUUGAGGAGGAGAACUUCCAGGGCAAGCGGGGGGAGCUGAGCGAUGACUGCCCCUCGCUGCCCGCCCUGGGCUGGGAUGGCAGCGCCGUGGGCUCCUUCUUUGUCCGCUCCGGCGCGUGGGUCUGCUCGCAGUUCCCGGGGUACCGUGGCUUCCAGUACCUGCUGGAGAGCGACAGCCACGCCGGCGAGUACAAGCAUGUGCGGGAGUGGGGCUCCCAUGCACAGACAGGACAGGUCCAGUCCAUCCGCAGGGUCCAGCAGUGACCACCGGAGCCGCCGUGACACCAACCGCACACCCUGGGCACUGUGUCCACCAUGGGGCAGCAGGGGCAAAGCUCAA